AUGGCUGUGUCGGAGCACCAAUCUUGUUCAACUGUGCCAUGCCGGCUUAGCCUUUGUGGAAUGUGCAACGGUUUCGUCGAACACAACGAGGUCUGCGGCUGUCUAUAUCGUGGUAGGGUCUGGGGUGCAUGUUCAGCGAUCGAUCGUGAGCCAACACAUGGUGGAUAUGCAAACUUGAGCCUCAUGACCAGAUUCCAUGCCACGUUACCGUCGCGUCUUGGGUAUGGCGAUGCCUCCUGCAGUGCCCUCACAUUCCCUCACAUUCCAUCCUCAUGCUGUAGCAUCCUCUUUCUGUCCCACUCUGUCCCAGCCGACAGUGACUCCGACCACCUCGUCCCGUCGGCGGUUGUACCAUACUCGUCCCAACACGUCCAGGUCGCCGGCAUCGGUAUCGUUCUUGAAUCCAUCGGACAAAGGGCCUUGGCGGAAUGUUGCGUCUGUAUACAGGCCGUUUGUUCGAUCAGCACGCGGAAGGCACCAGCAAACUCAUGGGCUCCCUCCCAUGAGUGGAAACUGACGACACAAACAUGCCUCCACGCGGCCUGUGUCCGUUGA